CUCAUAUUUAGGUGGUAAUGGUAGCCCAUGAAAUUUAUGUAAUUUCAUGCAUAUACCAAGAAUCGUAACCGUUCCCUAGGAAUGCAUUUGUACACAAUAACACUAGAAACAGGAAUUACCAGAUCGGGUAAUUGGUAACGUGCCUGCAGUUCCAGUUGAAAUGCCAAUAAAAAAUGCUAAGCAGCCAGUUAGCAGGUACAUACAGCAAAAAACAAGAAGUCAAGGGCAUUGUUGAGGCGUUAAACUUUCAGUAGUAGGCAUCCAUGCAAUAUUCUCCUAGAAAAUAAUAAGAACACUCUUACGAUAUAGACAUAGAUAUUAUUUCUAAUUGAAUUAAAUUGUUUAUAGACAAGCCUACAUAAUAACCAUAUAAUUUACUUUCUAAUAAUUUUAAUUUGUGUAGUAAUAAUAGUACAGUGGAUAAUUAAUGAACAAUAAAGUGUUUCCUCUCAGGAAAAACCUCAGUUAAAGUAAUUUUCGUUUGACCAUAGUAGUUUUUUGGAGCCACUCAACUGAACAGGUGCAAGAAUUUGGACUUGUGAAAAUUCAUAGCAUCGGAUCGAGAAGCAUGGAAAAUAGCACGACUGCAUUUGAAGGAGAGGUGUGGCCCAUUGAUUACGAACACCCUCCAAAGGUUCAGCCUUAUUGGUUUGAAAAAGCAGAUAUUACAUGGUGGAAAACAUUUAUGGUACAAAACCCUAAUUUGGCUUGGUAUUCUACCGUUCUAUACCUUAUUACAAUCUUUGGACUCCAGGCCUUUAUGAAACACAGGGAUUCUAUGCGACUUAAGAAAACAUUGAUCGUUUGGAAUGCAUCAUUAGCUCUUUUUUCGACAGUUGGCUUCUAUCGUGUGGGGCAAGAGCUGCUGUACAAGUUUGGCAAACCUGAAGGCUAUUAUGGAACGGUUUGUCUGAGAGAAGGCCGCAAUUUUACGACAGACUUUUGGCUCCUAUUAUUCACUCUUUCUAAAUUCGUUGAGCUUGGCGACACAAUAUUUAUUGUUUUGCGAAAACAACAAUUGCAUGCACUUCAAUGGUACCACCAUGGAUUAGUUACAAUAGUGUCAUGGAAGCUGUUUCCUUGGGCUGAACCUAUCGUUGUGUACUAUGCGGUCAUCAAUUUCGGCAUCCAUUCGUUUAUGUACAGCUAUUUCGCUGUCAAAGGUUUAGGAUAUCGUGUUCCAGACUCACUUGCUAAGACCAUAACUACGCUUCAAAUUCUCCAGAUGGUGGCAAACACUUGGAACAAUUUAUAUACUAUUAUGAUUUCCCGACCCUGUAAUCGUCACCCUAGUUCAAUUCUUUGGAGUCUUAUCAUCUACAUUUCUCUUUGGGCGUUAUUUGUAAAGUUUUUCUUUAAACGGUAUUCUGGAACCAAAAGCAAAAUAAAUUAAAUGUUUUUUGCUAACCUUAGAAAAUCUAUUUAUAGUAAUUUCGCAUAUAUUUCAAUCGUGCACAACUGUAUUUACUUGAUGAUAUUUACAAAUAAAAUAAGGAACUCACUCAUACACAAA